AUACGCUAACCUCGAACAUCCACUCAACUAUUAAUUUUCAAUCAAUUUUGCAAUUUAGUUCGAUAAAAAAACAAUACAAAAAAGAAGUAAACUAACCUCCGUAAAAAUAAAAUUAAUUUAAAGGAAAAACCUCACAAUAUGUCCGAAAACAAUGAUAAUUCAAACGAAUCGAACAGCAUGGGGAGUGAUUCCAUACUACAGAGUUCUCGUCUAACUGGUGGCGGUAGUGUUGGUGGUAAUCCAGUAUUAAGAGCCGGUGUAUUGCGUCCAUCGGUGUUAGGGCCGUCUAGACUGGGGUCGGCCUUAACAAAUAACAGCACAACAAAUAAUGUGACGUCAUCUAGUGAUGCAAGUGACGGUGUCAGUGCUGGUGCGGCAACAGCAUCAACAGUUGCUGUUGGGGAUAGUGUUGAAAAGAAAUCUAAUGAAAAAACUGGCAACCCGUUCUUAAAAGAUCAUAAAGACGCCGAAGACGAUGAACAAGAAAAUUCUGACUCAGCUGCCAAGGGAAACGAUAAUGGUGAGAACAACGAUGAAUCUGAUGAACGUCCGGAUCCCUUGUCAUUGUUACGUAAAAAUGGUAUGGAACGUUCUAAUCUUUUUGCCGCAGCCAAAAGUUCUAUACCUUUGGUUGAGAAAUCAGGUUUUGUUUUCGGACAAAAUGUCCAUGAACGAGUUGUGGGUGAAAAUUUAAAAUCCGAUGCAACCACCGCCGAUAAUACUGAAUCUUCAACUUCGACAUCAGGGGAAGGCCUGUUGUUUUCUAAUGUUGUACAAAAUGCUGCGGCCGCAGCAAAAUCAUCAGAAGGUUGUGACUCCGCAUCGGGCAAAGAUGCCAAUAUCGAGGUUAAAAGCCUUACCGAGGUGGCACGAGAAUAUGAAGAAAGUCGCGCUCAAAAACGUAAAUACGAAGAAGUUGAAACAUUUACUGGCGAAGAAAAUGAAGUCAAUAUUGUCGAUUUGAAUUGUAAGUUAUUUGCUUUCGUUAACAGCAACUGGGAGGAACGUGGUCGUGGCAGUCUCCGUCUCAAUGAUUCUAAAAUUGAGCACGAAUGUUCUCGUUUGGUGUUUAGAACAGCGGGAAAUUUGCGUUUGUUGCUUAAUACCAAGGUUUGGGCUGGCAUGGUUGUUGAACGUCCUAGCCAAAAAUCGUUGCGUUUAACUGCCAUGGACAAUACGGGUAAAAUUAAAAUAUUCUUGGUCAUGGCUCGUCCCGUCGAAAUCAAUCAAUUGCACAACGCUCUAGUGGAACGUAUUGAUAAACGUAAAAUCUCUCAUCCCGAUGAAUUGUUAUGUGCUGCCAGUAACAAUAGCGGGGAACAUAAUACCGAAGACAUAAAAAAUGGCUCGGCUAAACACUUGGCCGAAGAAGCUGCCGCUGUAGCUGAACCCGACCAUGAUGAUUCCACUGAACCCAGUCCCAAGAAAACCAUACUCUCCGUUGACGAAACAUCAUUAAAUGUACAACAACAGGAAGCAUCAGAAAAUUAAUAAACGAAACAACAAACAAUUAAAUUACAAUCAUUUUAUAUUUACAAGUAUUUACAUCAUAAUUUUCCAUUAAGUGUAAUUAUAAUUUUCUUCAUACGUUCUCUGUUUCUCUAAUUCAUUAUUUUCUUAUUAUUAUUUUCAUUUUAUGAAAUACUGUAAUGAUUUAGAAAACUAAAACCUAAAGAAAAUUGUUUUACCCACUAAUUGAAAAUGAUAAUCAAAAAUGAUAUAUUUUUUCGUUUAAAAAAUAGAAGUAUAAAAAAUAAAGAAUAGCAAAUGGUUUGUUGCUAUUUUCCACUUCUUAAUAUUUGGAAAUUAAUUGCAAACUGAAUUUCAUAAUUUUCCAAACAAAAAACAACAUUUUGAUGUUUUAUUCAAAAUUAUAAUUAUGAAUUAUUAUUAACACAUUUUUAAUGGAAUUAUGGAAAUUAUAGUUCUCUUUUUUAUAGCACACUACAUACAUAGGUCAGUCAUAUACAAAUGAAAAACGAAUUGUAUCAUCUUUAAAAUUAAUAAAUAUAAAAAUAAAUAAAGUUUAAAAUGUAAAACAAAAUAUUAUUUUUUAAAUAAAAAUAUAACGAAUUUUUGCGCAUUGUGUUCCUUAUGAUACUUAAAA